CCCCGGCGCGCGGCGGGCGGGGCGGGCGGGAGGCUGGGAACCACCCGAGCCCCGCGCUCCCCGCCCCCUUUGUCUCCGAGCGGCCGGCGCGCGGGGAGCCCACGGACCUCGGCUGCCUCCUCCCCCCGAAUCCGCUCCCGGUCGCUCGCUCGGGGCCUCCGGGCAGCCGGACGCACGGCCAUGGGCGCACCCUCGCGCGGGGCGCACCCACUUGUGCUGCUGCUGCUGCUGCUGCUCCCGGGGGCCCGCGGCUCGGAGGCCGAGCACCGCCUGUUCGAGCGGCUGUUCCAGGACUACAACGAGAUCAUCCGGCCCGUGGCCAACGUGUCCGACGCCGUCAUCAUCCAGUUCGAGGUGUCCAUGUCCCAGCUGGUGAAGGUGGAUGAAGUCAACCAGAUCAUGGAGACCAACCUGUGGCUCAAGCAAAUCUGGAACGACUACAAGCUGAAGUGGGACCCCGCGGACUACGACGGGGCGGAGUUCCUGCGCGUCCCCGCCCAGAAGAUCUGGAAGCCGGACAUCGUGCUCUACAACAACGCCAUGGGGGACUUCCAGGUGGACGACAAGACCAAAGCCCUGGUCAAGCACACGGGCGAGGUGACCUGGAUCCCCCCGGCCAUCUUCAAGAGCUCCUGCAAGAUCGACGUCACCUACUUCCCCUUCGACUACCAGAACUGCACCAUGAAGUUCGGCUCCUGGUCCUACGACAAGGCCAAGAUCGAGCUGGUCCUGGUCGGCUCCUCCAUGAACCUCAAGGACUACUGGGAGAGCGGCGAGUGGGCCAUCAUCCACGCCCCCGGCUACAAGCACGACAUCAAGUACAACUGCUGCGAGGAGAUCUACCAGGACGUCACCUACUCGCUGUACAUCCGGCGCCUGCCCCUCUUCUACACCAUCAACCUCAUCAUCCCCUGCCUGCUCAUCUCCUUCCUCACGGUGCUCGUCUUCUACCUGCCCUCCGACUGCGGCGAGAAGGUGACGCUGUGCAUCUCCGUGCUGCUCUCCCUCACCGUCUUCCUGCUGGUCAUCACCGAGACCAUCCCGUCCACCUCGCUGGUCAUCCCGCUCAUCGGCGAGUACCUGCUGUUCACCAUGAUCUUCGUCACCCUGUCCAUCGUCAUCACGGUCUUCGUGCUCAACGUGCACUACCGGACGCCCGCCACGCACACCAUGCCCGCCUGGGUGAAGGCCGUGUUCCUGCAGGCGCUGCCCCGGGUCAUGUUCAUGGCCAGGCCGGCGGGCGGCGAGGGCGGCGGCGGCGGCGGCGGUGCCCCAGGGCCGAGGCCCGCCGCCAGCGCCAGCGCCGAGUUCGCCAACCUCAACUGCUUCCGCCGUCGCCCGGGGUCCAAGGACGGCAAGGAGGGCGGCCCCUGCCAGGAGGGGCUGUGCGGUGCCAGCCGCCACCGCCGCUCGGUGAAGAUCUCCAACUUCACCGCCAACCUCACGCGGAGCUCCAGCACCGACUCCGUGGACGCCGUGCUCUCGCUGUCGGCCCUGUCGCCGGAAAUCAAGGAGGCCAUCCAGAGCGUCAGGUACAUCGCGGAGAAUAUGAAGGCGCAGAAUGAGGCCAAAGAGAUUCAAGACGACUGGAAGUAUGUGGCCAUGGUGAUCGACCGCAUUUUCCUGUGGGUUUUCAUCCUGGUGUGCAUCCUGGGGACAGCCGGGCUGUUCCUGCAGCCGCUGAUGGCCAGGGAUGACCCCUGAUGGCCAGGGACGACCCCUGAUGGCCCGGGAUGACCCCUGAUGGCCCGGGAUGACCCCUGAUGGCCCGGGACGACCCCUGAUGGCCAGGGACGACCCCUGGGCGCCGACCUGUGCACCUGCAUGAGGGGUACUGGGUGUUGGGGGGGGGAGGCGGGGAGCUGGGGAGAAGCCCUUUUUUUUAUUGUGAUAAAACACACUUAGCAUACAAUUUACCAUCGUAACCUUUUCACAUGCACAGCUCAGUGGUAUCCAAUGGUCACACUGCUAUGCAAUGGUCAUCACCAUCGAUCCCCAUAACCCUUUCCAUCCUGUGAAACUGAAACCACAUAUAUGUCCCAUUACACAGUGACUGCCUUCCCCCUCCCCCGGCCCCUGCCAACCACCAUUCUACUUCCUUUCUUUCUUUUUGACCCAAAAUGUUAAGAUUUAAUUUACAAAGCCUUCCUUGCUGCACAGAAAGGAACAAUGCUAUUCCAGUCUUGGUGCAGCUGGUAGCCACAGCCGGCGGACUCACCCGUCACAGCGAUCCACGCGACAGCAGGAGUCUUACAGGGAAACCUAACAACGCUGACGAUUUUGUCGGGGUGCACUCCCGAGCUCGGGAGUGAGUUUCCAAAAGGGACUAAAUGGGCAGAGGUGGGAUGUCACAGGAGCUAU